AAAUGACCUUGGACGUCGUAAAGCUAUCAUCCGGGAUUCUAAAUAAAGUCGACGCAUGCGUAGUGCGCGUUCUGUGGUUCGACCUCUGCUGCCGGGACAGACUCGGGUUUCUAUCAAAUCGGAACGAACCGGUUAAGUAAAGAAAUUAAAAUGUAUGCCUGUGCGAAGUUCGUCUCUACGCCUGCACUGGUGCGUGUUGGCUCCCGGGCUCUAUACCGACCCCUCUCUGCAGCUGUGCUGUCUGGACCUCAGACCAGAACAGGAGAGGCCAAUGCAGCUCUUCUGCCACAGAAUGGCCUGUCUCAGGUAGCCCUAAGAGGCUUCCAGACAAGUGCUGUAAGCAGGGACAUUGACACUGCAGCCAAGUUUAUUGGUGCUGGUGCUGCUACUGUUGGAGUUGCUGGAUCUGGGGCUGGGAUUGGAACAGUGUUCGGCAGCCUUAUCAUUGGAUAUGCCAGGAACCCCUCACUAAAGCAGCAGCUGUUUUCCUACGCCAUCCUUGGAUUCGCCUUGUCUGAAGCCAUGGGUCUAUUCUGUUUGAUGGUUGCAUUCUUAAUCUUGUUUGCUAUGUAGAAAAAUCUAUGGCUGUAAACAUGCAUCUAAAGUACAGAUGUAAUGGCAUUUCACAGUGGCUACAAAAACUGUUCUGUGUUAUCAUAAAACAUACUUUUCCAGGUUGUUCACUGUCAAAACAGGCAUGUACACAUGUAACCAAAUACAGAAUUAAAAUACAUGUAUUGGACUAUGUAAAGCAAACAAAAAAAAAAUGGCAGUUAACUUUUGUAUUGUGGGAAUCCUGUUUUCCUUCCUCCGGUUGGGUGAUCAGCUUUCAAGUGUCAACUGGCCAUCUGCACACAUUCUGUAUACAGUAUAUGAAUUCAGAACAUUUAUUCCAUACAUUUUUUUUCUAAUGCAUUGAUUGAAAGCUGUGAAGAUGAACAGGGUAGAUCCUCUAUAAAGGUUUUAACUGCAGGUCAGUUGCAGUAUGUUUGUGGGAUGAAAUUGCGUAAAGGCCACUGAUUGCCAGAUCGUGCUUUUGUAAAUGGCAUUAAUAAAUUUAGACCUCCGUUAUUUACUGGU